AUGAGUACAGGAGGAGGAACAUUGGGCCUUCGAUCUUCAGGGAGUUAUGGUUCAUUGCAACAGCAGCAGCAAAUCCGAAACGGCUUGCUAUCAUUGCCUGUUCAAACCACCCCGCCUAGAAAGCCGCCAAAGAUGCUCAAGGAGAAGGAGAAGUUGUUCCACUGGUUCUGCAAGUUCGCCCCUCGAAAGAAGGUUGGGAUGCUGCUUUUGUGCCUUGUUUCCUCUGCAGUUUUCGGAUGGGUGUUAUAUGUUGGCAAAGGGGAAGAUGCUCGAGAGAACAUAGUUCAGAGCAUAAGCAUUCAGUCAGGGCCUGUAUCUCAGGAGAAGAACACGAGUGAAGAUUUUUCUACUCAAGAUAAAGAUGUGGCGGGUGGUGCAAAUGUAACCCUACCACCUCCCACUCCACCUCCAUCCCCUACAUAUUUUACUGGAUAUAAACUUCCUCCCGGAAAUCCAUGCGAACAUUUCACAUUGCCUCCUCCGCCUGCAGAUAAAAAAAGAACAGGGCCACGUCCAUGUCCAGUUUGCUACCUGCCUGUGGAAGAUGCUGUUGCUCGUAUGCCGAAUGCAUCAUCUUUUUCCCCUGUGCUGAAAAACCUGACAUAUAUUCAUGAAGAAACUUUGACUAAAUCUGAAUUUGGUGGCUCAGAAUUUGGUGGAUAUCCUUCUCUGGGAUUGAGGAAUGAUUCUUAUGAUAUAAGAGAGUCAAUGAGUGUGCACUGUGGGUUUGUCAAAGGAGUUAAACCAGGCCAUCAGACCGGUUUUGACAUUGAUGACUCUGAUCUUAUUGAGAUGGAUGCUUGUGGAGGCGUGGUGGUUGCAUCGGCAAUAUUUGGGGCCUUUGAUUUAAUAAGGCAGCCAAAGAAUAUUAGUGAAUAUGCCAAAACAAAUGUCUGCUUUCACAUGUUUGUGGAUGGUGUAACGGAAGCUUUUUUGAAGAACUCCAGCGAGCUUGGCAGUGACAAGAAAGUUGGUCUUUGGAGAAUCAUUGUUGUUCGAAAUCUACCAUACUUGGAUCCAAGACGUAAUGGAAAGAUUCCAAAACUAUUAAUGCACCGACUUUUUCCAAAUGCCCGUUACUCACUCUGGGUUGAUGCAAAACUUGAGCUUCUUGUUGAUCCAUUCCAGAUUCUAGAAAGAUUUCUUUGGAGGAAAAAUGCUAGUUUUGCAAUAUCAAGACAUUAUAAGCGUUUUGACGUAUUUGAAGAAGCAGAAGCUAAUAAGGCUGCUGGGAAGUAUGACAAUGCUUCCAUUGAUUUCCAAGUCGAAUUCUAUAAAAAGGAAGGUUUGACACCGUUUUCUGUGGCUAAAUUGCCAAUAACCAGUGAUGUUCCUGAAGGAUGUGUUAUAGUUAGGGAGCACAUUCCAAUCUCCAAUCUCUUCACAUGUCUUUGGUUUAAUGAAGUCGACCGUUUUACUUCCAGAGAUCAGAUAAGUUUUUCGACCGUGAGGGAUAAAAUCUGGUCGAAGACUAAUUAUACAAUCAAUAUGUUCCUGGACUGUGAAAGACGCAACUUUGUUAUCCAGGGUUAUCACCGUGACUUACUCGAGCACUUUUCCCUGUCUCCUCCUCCUAGCAGUGUUUCUACUAGCGUUCAUCCUCCUCCGCCAGUUAUCAUAUCAAACGAUAAAUCGAACAAACCUUAUUCAGGGAUUUCAUCAUCAGACAGUACUGUUGUAGGUAAUAACCGAGCCCGGAAAAUACCAGCAAGACGUGGUAAAGAAAGGAGGUCAAGGCGUCACAGGAAGUCAUUACCGGCCAGUAAAGAUACCUAG